UAACACAGUCGUCGUCAGUCUCAAGAGUCGCAGGAGGAGGACGGUACGCGUUUGUUGAAAAAAAAAAAGAGAAGUCGUAAUCGUUUCCACCAUAGUAGUUCAGUUCGUAGUGAUUUUCAAUAAACUUUUUCCUGCGCAAAAAUUACAUUUUCCGGUCGAAAUUUCGCUUCAAUCCGUGCGUGGUACGACGGUGAAGGAGCGGGUUGUGAAAGUGACUUGGUGGCGAUCGUGAAAGGCGCAGAAAUUCUGCGAUGAAGAAGUGAAAAUUUCAGAACAGUUUUUUUUUUCUUUCGUCUGACAUCCGAGACAAGGCCACGGUGGAAGUUGAAGAAUACUGCUGCAGUAGCAGCAGCAGGCAGUGGAGAGGCCUCGCAUAAAGAAUAAGAGGUUGUGCGAAUUUCAUCAAGAAUAACGCACUCACGGUCACGGUGUGUGUUCUCUGCUGGUGAGGAUUGAAGAGUGCAGUUAUUUUGUUGUUCUUUGCUGGUGUUGUGUGUUUUGUGAGUGGAAUAUUAGGCUUUAGAAUAUUGCAGCUGGCAGGUGUGCUGGGCUCUGCAGAAGAGCAGCUCUAAACAGGAAGGAACGGAAGUUGUGAGCAGCUGAGCGCUCGGGACUGGUAGCUGGGCAGUCGAUUGUGUGCAUUUUGUGUACAUAUACAAGUCUGCCAGUAGUGGCUGCGAGCGAGAAGAGACACGGUGAAAUCACCGAAGCUGAAGAUGGACACGGCCACGGGCUCCGGACUGAUGGAAGAGUACGACCUGAUGAAGCAGUCCAAGUACCGGGUGUACAUGUCCAACAUCGAUAAGGCGCUGAAGAACUUCGAGUACUCCAGCGAGUGGGCCGAUCUGAUUUCGGCUCUCGGAAAACUGAACAAGGUCAUCUCCUCCAACUCACAGUAUCAGAUCAUUCCCAGGCGGAUCAAGAUUUCGAAACGGCUGGCACAAUGCAUGCACCCAGCGCUACCGUCCGGGGUGCACCUGAAGGCACUGGAGUCGUACGAUGUGAUAUUCAGCAACAUUGGGGUCGAUCGGUUGGCCUCCGAACUGUUCAUCUACAGUGCGGGUUUGUUCCCUUUGCUGGGCUAUUCGGCCAUGAACGUUCGUCCUACGCUACUUUCGAUCUACGAAAAGUAUUUCGUUCCACUGGGCGAAAAGCUGCGACCCGCCCUCAGUGGAUUCCUGAGUGGUGUGUUCCCGGGUCUGGAAUCCGGACAGGAUCACUUCGACCGAACCAGCUCACUGCUGGACAAAGUUUGCGCCGCCGUUAAACCGGAAUGCUUCUACACCUGCCUGUGGGAAUGCAUAGUCACGAAUGCUUCCGUACGCCUCCCAGCCAUAAGCUACGUGCUGGAACACUUUGAUAAGAAACGCAUUUGCUCCGAGCAGAAAGAACUGAUGGGAGGUAGUGUAGAACUGCUAGUCACCGGUCUGUGCAGUUGUCUGAACGAUUCUGUGAUCCUAGUUCAACGGAACACCCUGGAGUUCCUACUCCUGGCAUUUCCCCUGCACCUAAUGAUCCUAUCGCAGCGGGAUGUCACCAAGUUAGUGAAAACCGCACUCAACACCAUCCUGAGGCGAGACAUGUCGCUAAAUCGACGGCUCUAUUCCUGGCUUCUCGGGGCGGACACCAGUCUCGGUAAGCACCUGGAAGAUAUCGGUCACGACGGGGAAACCAGUGACCCCAACACCUACUUCGAGUCCAACUCAAAGCAGGUGCUCAUCAGUGCGUACAAACUCAUUCUAACAUCCAGCAUCACCUCCAACCCGCCGGAUCUUAGCCCAUAUCGGAUACUGAUCUCACUUCUCGACAAAGCCGAAAUCGGUCAACGCAUACUGGAUUAUGUGCUGUGUGACAUCAUCCGGACGAUUUCGCUGUGCAACGGAAACCACGAAGUGCAAAAGCAAGCCAAUCUCCUGUUUUCCUCGUUCGAUCCGUCGUACAUCUGGAACUACAUGACAACCCUGUAUCGGGAUGCAGCCAUGAAGAAACUAGUGAAGCCAACCGGAGGCGGUAGUGCAACGGUGAACAGUGUCAAUAUCAAGGAACACAUCCGAAUAGACGCCGAUCCACCGGGGACGGUUGAAGUGUGCUAUCUGACGGAGUUCCUGCUCGAAACGCUUUCGUUGGAAAUCUACAACGAGACGACGCGUGUGUAUUUGCCCAAGUUCUUGCUCUCGCUGAUCCGCAUGCUGACGGUGUACUCGGAGAACAUGAACUCGAACGAGGUGGCCGCCUCGCUGAAGCUGUGCGUCAAGAUCGUGUCCAAGGUGCAGCCGAUGAUUAUGUCGGAAAAGGUCCUGGACCUUUCGAUCAGCACCCGCAGCAACAGCAUGACGCCGGAAGGCCAGGAGGCGAAGGAGAGCAUCUCGCUCGAAAAAAGCAACUCCGACUCGAAGAUCCACGAGAGCUCCCUACAGGUGACGGACACUUCCUUCACCCGGUCCAGCUCCAGCCAGGGUCUGAACAAGAAGGGAAAGUACAGCAAAAAGUCCAAGAAAUCCAAAUCCUACACCAAGCUGAGCGAGCUGGAUCAGAACCCCCCGGGGAGCAGCAAAAGUACCGCCAACGUAAGCAUAAUCUCCAACGGUUCGCACACGACAAUCGCCGCGGCAAGUUCGACGCCGAAUCUGAAGAACGAGGACGGCACGGGCGGGGAAUCGAGUCAGGAGGAACGACACAGCCUGAACAGCGACAAGGAGGAUGUCCAUUCGGACAUUGUCAUCAAGGUUCCGAUGCAGAUUGCACAGGCGCAGAUGCCGGAUUGUCCGAUUCUGGAGAAGUGUAUCAAACAGUACGUGCUGUUCUACGAACUGUACGUGUGCAGACAGAUCUUCGACGGUACGAAUGUUGAAUCGAUGGGAAGUUCGGGUUCGUCGUCGGAGCAGGUCAGCUUGCAGGAUAAUCUGUUUAUCAAUCCGAGCGAUAGCAAGUGUUUACUGAAUGAUGAUGUGUAUGUGAUAAAUGCCCUACUGCCAGAGCUGGAGGAUGCCUUUCAGGCGUUGCAAAUUGUGGGAGUGUCGGAUAGUAAGAAGUUGAAGGCGAUCCUGGCCAAAACGAUGGACCGUGAGAAGGAUGGGGAACUACUGUUUGAACAGUGGAGUGGAGUCGAGACGGGGCCGGAGCGGAACUCGUUUGAAAUCGACUCACUGUUGCAAAGCAAUGGCAAGCUGAAAAGACUGGUCAAUGUGAGAAUAUCGGAAUCGCUGAGGAGUGCACUGAAGUUGGCUUGCAAUGUCCUGACGGAAAUGUCAUCCUUUCCUAGCUAUGGGAAUGACAGUGGGAUGAAUGAGAAGUGCGAUAGCAUUCCUGGUUGGUUGAAAGCUCUCACUAUCCUGGCGGCGUUCAUUGGGGAUCUGGACACGCAACUCUCCGCUGCACAGACCCUAAUCGACAUGAUCAGCUUGCUGCGGACAAAUGAUCGGAAGCCGAAAUCCAGAAGCUCCGGUACCACGUUCGUAAUGAUGAUGCCCUUGUUGAAGCUGUCCCACGUACUGUACCUGGAAAAGAAGACAAAAGUUUUCCAAGUUCUGACCACCAUGCUGUGGAAUCAUCUGGAAACUAGUCGAACCGAAGCUCGAAACAUCAGUGUCCUACUGUACCGGAUCCACAGCUGUUUGGAUCCGAAAUUCACCGAGGAUGUCAUCAUCAGCAAACUGAUCGUACCGCAGCGGGAAGCAAGCCCGGUAGAUCGUUGCAACUUGCAUGUGUUCUGGUCCACUCCUACUGUAUCGACCACGGAACUGAAAAUCGACCCGGCUGGCUUUCGACGGUUCCAGCUUCUGUGGAAACUCGGUCGCGAUACUCACCAUGGGAAGGAGUUUGAAAAGCUGCUAUUCAUGAUCCUGGACGUGCUGACGCUGCCGAGCAAUUUGUCCAUCCAGGUGGCCGUGUCCAAGUGGCUUCAGGAAGCGCUGGUCCGCGGAGAUGUGGGACGUAUUUUGAAGCCCCUGUUGAAGAUCCUGUUGAACGAAAGUACCAAGCGUAGGAGUAUCAUCUAUACGAAACGGUACAAGCAGGACAAUGACACGGGAAGCGAGUGGGAGAAGGACCUGGUGGCGGAUGGGGAUUCCUUUAUGGACAAGGAAUGCUUUGCAGUUAGUUCCGAGGAUGGAUGCAUCCGGUACCAUAUAGACAACGUACUGAGCAAGAAGCGUAGUCCGAUCAGGACGAUUCAGAAGAAGAUCUUUGGAGUUUCGAUUGGAUCCAAGUCGAAUAGCAGUCAAGUGUCGAAUUAUAUCACGAAUGAUAGUUCGAAGGAAGUGGCCUCAACGGCUACGGCAGAGGAUAGCAACUAUACGAAGAUGUCGGUGAUCAUAAAUCCGCUGGAGACGGAACUGAAUGGUAAGAACUCCAGUGCAAUGCGGAAUCGGUCCAACUCGAUGGGAUUGAUCGAUUGCGAGCAGAGUGGAAUGGAGUCGGGGUCGCUGCCGAACGGGGUAGACAAGAAGGAUUUCCAUCGGUCCACGUCGGACAUCGACGAGGCGAGUGAUGGGGACUUUGAGCGAAAGAAGGGCAGGCUGAGCGAAGGGAGCUACAGUCGGUCCACAACGGCUACGGGGUUUUACGAUACGGAAACGAUCAAACGGUACGUAGAAGAUGGUCCGAUUGUGGACUUUGUGAGCAGAUCGGGCGAUCGGUUUAAGAAUCGGAAAACCUACCUUAUCUCUUCUAGCGGUUCGGGUUUGACGGUGGAUGACGAGGGCUUCGUGUCGUCGAUUUCCGAGCGAAAUCUCAACUAUUCGUUUACGUCCAAUAGCUCGUCCGUUACGGCGACGGCCAACGAUGUAGAGAUCGUGUUCGGGACAGGUUCUAGCGAUCCUUCGGCGGCGUCGGUAACUGCUUCCGAAACGCCCCCGAGCAGUAGCGUUUUCGGAGGCGAUUCUCAACGGAGCAGCAGCAACAGUAAGGAUGGCAUUAAAAGCAGGGAGGGUGAGUUGUUCGGGUUCGGUCGGCGGAAGAAUUGGAGAAGUUCGUCCAAGUUGUACCCGUUCCAUACGCAUUUCCUAAUCUACGAGUCGAUCUUCAACACCAAGCAGAUUCUGUAUACGUUGGAGACGCUGGAGCACAUUCUAGCCAACGAUAGUAGGUUCUUUUUGUGCCUUUCGGUGACGACAUCGGUUUCCAGCAGUCAGAUCCGGUCGUUGUUGGUGCGGCAUCGAAGAAACGUCUUCGGAAAAGGUUUCACCGACGGCCACGAUGAAGCCGAAUAUCAAAGCAUGUACAGAGGAUGCAUGUAUCUGGAAGUUAUCGUCACGAUCCUACUUUACUACACACGAAGCUACUAUCACAAGGACGAGGACCAGAAGGCUCAACCUUCCAAAGACGAUCUGAAUGGCAACUCCAAGAUUCAAUUGGAAUGUAUCAAGCUGAUGAACAAGAUCUUCUCCGAACUCCUGUCCAUAGUCAAGGACGUCGGCAAGAAUCUGGCCAACUACAUCGCUGAUCUGAUGGAGAAAUGCAAGGUCCAGAAAAUCCUGCUCUACUGUCUUACCUCUUCGGUCAAUUACUUUACAUCUCCGCAAUGUCACACCUAUUCGGAUGAGAUACUAGCCUUCAACGAUCCGGAAAGCUCCCGGCUCUACGCGGAAGCCUAUCAGAUCGAGCUUCUGAACCUGCUUCUAGCCGUAAUCAAACUCGAACACGAAAUCAUGCUCCAGCGGAACGACGAACGCUUCAACGAAGGCAUCAAGAAUGUCCUCUCCAGUAACUCUCCGACGCGACCAGUUCCCGAGAACAAACGUAUCUACAAGUACAUUCCUAAUCAGCUCGUUAGCCAGCAACCGAUGUUCCUGUCGGCUGUUCUGUACGCGCUCAAUUCGGAGAAACUCAAGCACAUCCACAAGAACUGGACCGACAUGAUCACCUCCUGCCUCACGUGUCUCCCGUUGAACAACCUGACCAACAUCGUCAUCAGCAUCAUCCAUCAACUGUGCGCCAACCUGGACCGAAUCACCAAACGUGAACGCGUCCACAACCAAUGCACCGAUUACAUCGUGUCUCAACUGGAAGCCAUCACAGUAUUAUCGCACUACUGUCUACUGGACAGUUCCCAGCAAAUCUCCCUAGCAAAUGUCUUUAGCGCAUCGAGCAAUAUGACCUCCCCUGCCACCAAUUCCGGUCAAAUCAUCAACAGUAUCGUGAACGUGUUUCUCUCUUCCUCUCUCCUGAACGUCAACCAAGCCAAAAACAGUCACCAAGAAGUAGCCAAAACUGCAAUCCUUAGUCAUCUUCCCCGCAUUAUCAUCACCAUUGCCACCCUUUGGGAAACCAGCAUUAGCGAGUUCCGACACGUGAAGCACCAGCUGCUAGAAUUUCUCAGUCCUAUCUCACUGCACUACGGCACAAACUUCCUCACUGCCAUUUCCGUUGCCUGGUACGAACGUAGCAAUGACACAUUUAGCACUCCGGCCACGGUCGAUAGCACCUCCGCCGACGGUAGCACCGACGGCAUCGACUUUUUCGACGUCAUGACCAAAGCACUGCCCCAAGCGUGCGAAAACCAACUCCUGCUCGUCAAACUUAUCUCCGGCAUUCGGAUCAUGUCCGUAGACUCCUUCAUCCUAACCAUGCAUCAGGUCAUCAAAUCCCCGCCCCAAAUCUAUCAACCUCCGGUCGGGUUCAACAUCGAAGCCAGCGCCCUCGAGUUGCUGUUCUUCUACCUGAAGAGUGUCGCCCAAACCCAGUUCAACGAUUGCUGGAGUUCGCUGUACUCUCUGCUGAAAGACUGCCUCUCCCUGCAAAUCCCGGCCCAAUUUGUGGCGCUGUCGAUCCUGAACGAGUUCGUCCAACGCUGUUCGGUCAUUCCCUUUACGGACAAGAAGGACCUGCGCGAUUUGCACGACGUCACGUCCCGGCUGGUGGAAGCCAUUUCGAUCGUGGCCGGAUCGUGCCUACAGCAGACCACCUGGCUGCGGAGGAACCUCUCGGUGAAGGAGGAGUUCAGCUCGAUCGAGAGCACCAAGGACGGGCUGCUGAUGCCGUCCAAUCAGCACUACUCCAUCCAGGCGCAGUCGAUCCUGGCAAGCAUCCUGGCCCCGCUGUUGGAUGUGGUGUUCAGUUCCCAGGAGAAGGACAAGGUAACCACAGUCGUGACCGGCGUUAUGUACAACAUUGUGCCUUAUCUGAAAACCCACACCGUGAAGAACAUUCCAACGUUCCACGCGUGCUCCCACUUGCUGGCGAGUUUGAGCACCUAUCAGUAUACUCGAAAAGCAUGGCGGAAGGACGCUCUCGAUCUGCUGCUGGAUGGAGCCUUCUUCCAGUUCGAUAGCCGCUGCUUGCCCUACUGGAAAACUAUCCUGGAUAGUUUGAUGACCUGUGAUAAUACCACUUUUAGAGAUCUUAUGAAUCGCUUGCCACUAGCACAAACCGGAACGCUGAACAUAUUCACCUCCAAGGAACAGGAGUACGAACAGAGGGCACUACUGCUGAAGCGGUUAGCCUUCGUCAUCUUCUGCAGCGAGGUGGAUCAAUACCACAAGUACAUGCCGGAGAUUCAAGAACAACUUGCCAACAGUCUACGGCUCCCGCAGGUAGUCCCCCUUAUCCAGUCGGCUGUGUUCCUCUGCUUCCGAGUGCUGUUGCUGCGAAUGUCGGCCGACAACGUGACCAGCCUCUGGCCGAUCAUCAUUGCCGAAAUGGUGCAGGUGUUCCUGUCGAUCGAGCAAGAACUGAUGACAGAUACCGAGGAGUUUAGGUCGCAAUCGAGUCAACACAUUCGGAUGCUAUCCGGGCUCGACACGGCCUGGGUGACCAACACCAACAACGGUCUGUACUCGUACGGGCAUCCCCACUGGCGAAUGGUACAGCUGGAGACGGCGAAGCUGCUGGAGCUGGGAUGCGUCCUCCCAGCGACCAUUUUGCCGCACUUUCAAAUGUACCGUUGGGCGUUCGUUAGCAGUCAGAACGAGCACUAUCUAACACCGGGAAGCUACGACGAUGCCAAAUGCGUAGCCUUCAUUCCUCACGUCACUCGGAUAUCGCAGCUGAUGGACUUCCGGUAUACGUCACAUUCGCCGAAGGCCCAAACCACCAAGGGAAGCCACAUCAUGCUGACCUGCCAGUCGAUCAACACCCUGCAGGAUCUGUACAGCUUUUUCUCGACGCUGUCGAUGCGUUGGCCGUCGCACAUUUCCUUCACGGCCGACACCGAGAAGGACACCAAAAACUGCCUCGACGAGGUGGAGAAGGUCCUGGCGCUGGAUUUCCUCGAAAAGAUGCCCACGGCCAAGUAGAGCAUAUCGGGUAAGUACUUGCCCAUGUGCUCCAUUUGAAUCGGGUAUAACCGAAAACUAGCCGUACGUGAAACUUGAAUUGUGAUCACAGAUAUUUUGUUUGUUUUGGUUCGACUUUCCGUUCCAUCGUUAUUCCUCUCUUUCUGAUUGUGUAAAGUCAAAAAUUUAUCAAAUUAACUCUAUUUAUUCUAAAUUAGGACGUAAGUGAAAGUCAGGGAAACGGAACUAAAGCGACGGGGGUUUGACUGCGCAUGAUGGUCUCGUUCUCUUCCGGAUAGUGAAAAUAUUUGAAAAGUGAUAUAAAGACAGAACGUAUAGCACACGAGAUGAACAGACACACACACACGCAGAUUACAAUAUAGAUUUACGUAGAUGGAAAUUAGAGAGCUAAUAUAUAAUUUAAAUUAAAGAAGAGGAAGUUCGAUUUCUGCAUGUUCACUAGCUUAUUUUUCUAUGAUUGCAGAAGUUCCUUGAAUGAUGAUGAAUCAAAAAAUGAUUACGAACCGUAAGAAUGUGUUUAGUUGACUGUAAGUAAGUUAUCAAGACAAAAAAAAUUCAAACAAACAAACAACCUAGUGUCCCCAACACAAUGAAUGGAUUGUGAAAUGUGAAAAUUUUAAUAAAUUUGAAAAACGUUCGCGAUUGUUUUCGAAAAAGUUAA